AUGGACCUGAAUCAAACCAGCUGUUACCCUUCAGGCUACCAUCUCCUCACUUACGCUCUUCCUCAGUUGCCUCCCCAGCCUACACUGAUCACGCUCCCCAGGCAUGCCACUGCCUGGCUCUCCCAGGCGGCUGACAAUUCGAUAGACCCCUCUUCAUCCUCCAUCAUUUUGACCAUGUACUUCCCUUUGCCUCCAGCACCUUCCCAGCCUCCAUACCCUCAUUCCAAACACCCUUCCACUUUUCAAGAUUUACUUAGACGUCAUCCUCAAGAAAGCUUCCCUGCUACUCUCCUGUCCAGUUGCAUCUGGGUGCGCACCCAGAUGCAUAGGUGUCUUGUCACGGGGACUUGCAGGCACUGCUGCCGCGCAGCUCCUCGCCAAGGUCAUCCCACUGUGUCCUUUGACUUCGCUGCCAAGGGCAAGCCCUCGGGCCACAUCUCCUUCGAACUGUUUUCAGUCAAAGAUACAAAAGCAGCAGAAAACUUUCAGGCUUUGAGCAUUUGGGAAAAAGGACUUGGUUAUAAAUGUUCCUGCUUUCACAGAAUUAUUCCGAGAUUUAUGUGCCAAGGAGUUGACUUUGCAGGCCAUAAUGACAGAGGCAACAAGUCCAUCUAUGGGGAGAAAUUUGACAAUGAGAACUUCAUCCUGAAGCAUAUGGGUCCCAGCAUCUUGUCCAUGGCAAAUGCUGGAUCCAACACAAAAAGUCCCCAGUUUUUCAUCUGCGCUGCCAAGACUGAGAGGCUGGAUGGCAAGCAUGUGGUCCUCAGCCAGGUGACAGACAGCAUGGUCCAGGAGCACUAUGGGUCCAGGAAUGGCAAGACCAGCGAGAAGAUCACCAUGACUGACUGUGGACAACUCUAA